UCGGCGGCGUGCGGGAGCCGGAAGGGUCUGCGCUGCGGGCCGAAUCUUGGAAGCACUGCCAACAUGUCUGAUGUUCAAGAAGCCACUAACCAACUUUUGCAUGUGAACCUUCAUGAGAAGCAGAGGGGUAUACACAUGACAGAAAGUGUCCCCAGAAGUGAGUCCGAGCAUCUUCGAGUCACUAUUGGAGCCACUGUACCUACUGGUUUUGAGCAAGCAGCUGCAGAUGAAGUGAGAGAGAAAUUGAGGUCAUCAUGCAAAAUCAGCAAAGCGGGGAAGAUAUAUUUUGACAUUUCAGCGGAAAGUUUGGCUCAGGUUCAUCGUCUGAGAUCAGUUGAUAAUUUAUUUGUGGUUGUUCAGGAGCUUAAAGAUUUCCAGUUCAAAGAAACAAAGGAAAAAGUCCUCAAGGAUUUUGAAGAAUUGGCUGGGAAGCUUCCAUGGUCAGACCCUUUAAAAGUAUGGAAAAUUAACACCAGUUUCAAGAAAAAAAAAACAAAGCGCAAAAAGUUAAAUCAGAAUUUAAGUAAAGAGAAGACUGAUAAUGGACGAGACAAAAGAGAGGAGAGAGAUGUCAAAAAAGAGUUGUCUAAUAAUUCCUUAGAUUCACAUAUUUUAGACUACUAUGAAAAGCCAGCCAUCAAAGAAGAGAUAUCAACAUUAGUAGGUGAUGUUUUGGCAUCUUGCAGAAAUGAGACUGAUGAGAGCUUAAAAGAAGACACUGAUCCCGAAGUGCUCAAGUUUAGAGUCACAUGCAACAGGGCAGGAGAGAAACAUUGCUUUUCCUCAAAUGAGGCUGCAAGAGAUUUUGGGGGUGCUGUUCAAGAUUAUUUUAAGUGGAAGGCUGACAUGACCAACUUUGAUGUGGAGGUGCUUUUGAAUAUCCAUGAUAAUGAAGUCAUUGUGGGAAUCGCAUUGACAGAAGAGAGCCUCCACCGAAGAAAUAUCACACAUUUUGGACAAACUCUAAGAUCUACUCUUGCUUAUGGGAUGCUCAGGCUCUGUUCUCCUCAACCUUCUGAUAGAAUAGUUGAUCCGAUGUGUGGAACAGGGGCAAUACCAAUAGAGGGGGCUACUGAAUGGUCUAACUGCUUUCAUAUUGCUGGUGAUAAUAAUCCAUUGGCUGUGAAUAGAGCAGCAAAUAACAUUUCAUCUUUACUGACCAAGAGCCAAAUUAAAGAAGGCAAAUUGUCCUGGGGCUUGCCCAUAGAUGCUAUUCAGUGGGACAUCUGCAAUCUGCCAUUGAGAACUGGCUCUGUGGACAUUAUUGUAACAGACAUGCCUUUUGGAAAAAGGAUGGGCUCUAAGAAAAGAAACUGGAACCUUUACCCAGCUUGCCUAUGGGAGAUGAGCCGUAUCUGUAAACCAGGGACAGGCAGAGCUGCACUACUUACUCAGGACAAGAAAUGCUUUACCAAGGCAUUAUCUGGAAUGGAACAUGUAUGGCGCAAAGUACACACUGUUUGGGUGAACAUAGGUGGUCUUCAUGCUGCAGUUUACCUUCUGAACCGUACACCUCAACCUUUUGUUCAUCCUUCAGGACAAGAUAAAGAGGAACUUCUAAGUGCAAAGAAUGAUUAAUAGUAUUUGUGCUUCCUGACACUGGAAAUGCCAGAAUUAUCUUGCUUUAAGAGAAAAAUAGUAUUUAGUAUUA